AUGGGACAAUUUAUAUUAGAAAUUUAUAAGAUCAGAAUAGUCAGUCAGACACAUUUAUUCUCGAAAUUAAUAUUCCAUUCUUUUUUAUCGUUCCUCUUCAAUGAUUUUUCACAUCUCUCCGCUUCAUUACCUCCUCUUAUUGAUCUUUCAACAAAAAAAAAACUUCUCGCACGAGCUUCAGAGGGCGCCACGUCUUCGUCUUCACCACUUCCACCGGCGUCGACGGCGACGCUCUCCGCGUUCCGACCGCCGGCAAGAAUGAUUCCGCCGCCGGUGGUUCUUCCACAGCAAUAUGCGCCACUGCCGGGCUUCACACCACUUUUGCCAGCUCAAGCAAUGAUGGCGAAUUUCCCGCCAAAUGCGCUCUACCAGUUAGGCACCCCACCGUUCGAGAAUGGAAAUAAUCGGAUUCGGUUCAAAGAUGCUGCCAUGGUCGUUCUGAGCAGACUAUCAUUUAAUCAGAGAAGCAUGAUCCUCAAAGAUCUAGAAACGGCGGAUAAGGUGAUGAAGAAGGAGCCGGAGGAGACGCCGCCGUCCAGUGUAGAUGCUUCACCAUUACAGUCAGUAAUGCGGCCUCCGCCAACAGCGCCACCUACCUCUGCAGCAACACCCAAUCGGAUUCUGCCAUCCAGCAAUGCGGCGUCACCAUACGGAUCUCCACUCGGUUCAUCAAUUCUGUCCAAUCAGCCACUCGUCUUGCCAUUCGCGCCGAUCAACGGGGAUUUUGAUUUUAGCGCGGCGAUCGCUGCCGCUUCACAGCCCAAAGGAGGACCACAACAAAACGGACUCGGCGGCGGCGGCGGAGGUGGAGGAGUACCGGGACCUUCUAGUGGAAUUGCCGGAAUGUCUGUACAACCACCAACUAGCAGUACACCAUCCCAACAACAAUCCGUACAAUCACUUGAAGGCACAUCUGGGCUCAUUGGAAGUGCAAUGAAGCCAAUGUUGGGAAUUGAUGCUGUCAGCUUUCCAGAAUUCGGCACAACGGACUGGCAGUCACCGAUGCUCUCCGGCGGCUACAGCUCGAGCCCAUCGCCAACAAUGACGGGCGGCUCAAUGCGAAUGGGCGGUGGACCGCUGCACGGUGAAGAUGAAUCGAAUCGAAAGCGACAAGUACGAUUGCUAAAGAAUCGAGAGGCAGCGAAAGAGUGCCGCAGAAAAAAGAAGGAAUACGUAAAAUGUCUGGAAAAUCGCGUUUCGGUGCUGGAAAAUCAGAACAAAGCACUCAUCGAAGAGCUCAAAACGCUGAAAGAGCUGUACUGCCGAAAGGAAAAGGACGGAAUGUGAUUUUCCGUCGUUUUUUGUGCUCUUUUUGUGCUCUUUUUCCAUCCCCCCGCUCCUCCUCCUCCUCAACAAGAAAUCUCCAAUGAAAUCUCGUUUUUAUUUUUAUUUCCUAAUUUUUGAAAGAAAAAAAAUUGCUAAAUAUCUACUAUUAUUACUACAUUAUUAUUAUUAUAAAUGUUCCCAUGUAAUUUUUUUUGGAAAAAAAAUAAUUUUUUUCCAUCUCCUCCUCCUUCCAAAAACACUCGCAUAGUUAACUACUUUCAUUCAAUUAAUUGUGAUAUCGAUCGGUUUUUUUUGUCUGUUUUCCCCCCUCACUAUCAUUUUAUCGAUU